AAUACAGCAGGCUCUGUAGGAUACACACAUUCGUGCAGUGCAGUAGCAGUUGCGUUGUGACGGCAGUCAGCACUGCCGGUCGGUCGUAGUAGACGCGUGUGUCUCGCUCCGGCAGAGUUAUCAAACGGUUAACAAUCCUUUCCCGGCGUGUGUGAAGUGUCCCCCACAGAUUAUGGUUUCGCUUUCUGUCUUGCGAUAGCUAACCCUUUCAACCCUUUUUGGUGUUUGGUUUGGAAGGGAUUAAGGGGAAGCAAUCCCUUUCGCCCCGAAUCACGGAAUCAAAACCGGCCGGCGCACACCGCGGUUUGGCGGAUUUUGCAUGCCGGUUCCGCGAAGACCUUGGAAGCACCGCAUAGAUCUACUACACCCAAACGAUACCGACAACGUACGCAGGCAUGCCAAUGCGGUGCAAAACAGAGUGUUGAGUGCGUGCGCUAGACGAAGCGAGUGAGAGUGUUUCAGUUUUUGUUCUUCUUCCUUCUGCAAAUGUUUCCGUUUAACAGCGACGUAUGCUGUGAAUGUCCCUUCGGUUCUGUUAGUGUUACGUGUGUGUGCGCGCUCGCGCACGUAUUUGUUAGUGGAAGUUCGUGUGUGUUUUAGUGUGCGUGUGCGUGUAUUUGCGUUAUUUUACUUCUUCCGUUGUUUGCAUUUUGUAUAUUUACCGCCAGCCGCCCUAUCACCCCAACAAUUGGGCGGUGCGUGAUAAUGUUUUGAAUUCAGUUUACGCAACAAAAAAAAAAGCGAAUCAGAAGCAAAAGCCAAGUGCAAGUGUCGUUGUCUUGUGUGUGAAAAGGCUUGUGGUGGUAAAGCCUGUAAGAAAGCGAGUGAGUGAGCUUGCGGAAGUAAGCCGCAAAAAGGAUACAGGCAAAUCCACGCAUAUAUAUGUGUCCCGAGGGUGCAAGGUUAACAUCCGCAGUCGGUAUCGAGCGCGGCUCCAGCACCAGCAACCGCAGCAUUACCCUAGACGGGCCAAGCGCAUUGUAGUAGUGUCCUAAAGAAUUGGCCGAACGCAAAGCAACGGAAGCAGAACAGCUUUCGGCUCGUAGGAUUCCGGGUUCCGGCAAACCCAUCCUUCAUUGUAAAAAUAUAAAUACCCGCCUUUAACAGCCCCAUUCAUAUCCACAAAUAUGUCGAACGUACCGGCAAAGUUCCACAGCCUGUGCCGACUGUGCCUGACGACGGUUCGGGAGUGCGAUCUGCCCGAGGCGACGGUCACCUUUCGCGCGGAGCAGCAUCAUCAUGGCGGUCAAUCGAACGGGCGCCAUCGUCAUUCGCCAGCAAAUGGCCAGGACCAGCAGCAGCAGCAGCAGCAAGUGCCCGAGCACGAGCUGAUGGAACAGCAGCAGCUCCCGAUCGUAGAGUGCAAUGUGGAGAUUGUCUGCACAGAGGAUGACGAGGAGGUGGUCGUCGGGGCCGGCAGUCAGCCAGAUGGUGCCGCUCCACCGCACGUAACGAAUGAUUCGGAAAUGAUGGACGGUGGCGGCGGUGGUGGUGGUGGUGGUGUAGAUGGCGGUGGUGGCGGAGGCGUUGAAGCAUCAUCCUCCAAGGAUGAGCAAAGAAAGGACGGUGGCGAAGCAAGUGCCCUUCCGGUGGUCGUCGCAGCGAACGGUGGCGAUGGGAAUCACAGUGGCAACAGCGGCAGCGGCAACAGUGACGAAGAUGACGACUACGAGGAUGACGACGUAUUCAGUGCCGGCCACAUGUAUCCAGAUCUUCCGAAGCGGAUAUGGACGUGUCUUUCAAUUAAGAUCGCACCAGAGGAUGGUUUACCAACGGUGGUGUGUAGUUCCUGUCGUGAUCAGCUCGAAUCCUGCCAUCGGUUCCGUCGGGUGGCUCACAGGACGCAGAAAUCGCUCCAGAGCUACCUCAGCUAUACGGCAGCACUUGCUGGAAGUGAAGAGGAAAUACUCGCCGAAUCGUCCGCGAAGUUGGAGCAGCUGAUCGCUUCGUCGCCCGCGACGCUCGCGCUCAAGGCGUCGGCCGAGCAGGACGCGAUCGCCGCCCUGCAAGCCCUGCGCAACAACAACAAUCAUACAAAAUCAGUUACCUCAGUACUUAGUAAAACGCACCUGCAAAACUUGGAAGCGAAUGCCGUGUCUGUGAUCCCCAUCGAGAGUAUGAAACUUACUUCCACCGGCGUGCUACAACAUCAGCCAGCAACGACGACCACCACCACCACCACCAUCAUCCAUCAGCAGGAGGAGCAGCAGCAACCGUUGCAAAUAUUUCACCAGCAACAGCAACAGCAGCAACAGCAGCAGCAGAACAGCCAACCAAAGCAGCCGUUUAUACAGGUGCGCAACCUGACGCAGCUGCAGAAGGAGCACCUCGAGACGGCCGAGGUGUUGAUGGACAUCAGCAAAAAGGCCAUCAUCUCGCCGCCCAGCUCGAACCCCCAGUCGCCCAGCCUGCUUGCCGAGCAGAAGCAGCAGAAGCAGCAGCAAACGCUACAGUAUCAAAUUAACCUUAACAAUCAGCAGCAACCGCAAAGUAUUAAAUCUUCUGUGAUAAAGCAGCCACACGAUUACCUUCUGAACAAUCUAAAGCGUACCCCGAGCAGCGAAGAGAUGGAUCUGACGAUGAAGCGCGUCAAGGUGGAGCCGAACGUGGUGCUGACGCCGACCGUGCCGGCCACCACGCUCGUGAAGAAGAGCUUCAUCAAGCGGGAAAACAUCAUCGAGCAUUUGGCCGCGUCCGUGGCGGACGACCAGGCCAGCCAGCACAGCGACAGCGUGGACAGCAGCGACUCGGGCCGGUUGCAGAUGGACAUAUCGUCGCAGGACGCCCACUCGGAGUGCGCGGCCGACGAGCUGAAGCUGCGCAACAGUCUGCACCUGAACAACAACAACAAUCACCUGCAUCAGCACCAGCAGCAGCAGAUGGAUCAGCUCGGGCGGGAAACACCCGACAGCAUGAACUCGAUCGAGGAGCAGCAUCACCAACAGCAGCAGGCCGUGGUAGCGGCAGCGGUGGCCGCUGCCGUCCAUCAGCUUCCCUUUGGCAGUUUGGCCGACACGACCGAUCCGACGAUGGCACAGUUAUGGCAAGCGCUGGCACAAAAUCCGAAUCUCAUUGUGAAUGGUGGAGGCAAUGAAGCGACAGCAUUGCUCAGGAAGAUGAUUAACGCACGAAAUCUCGGCAUCCAGUUCGCACCGUCCGUAGUGCCGGUGGGUACGGGGCUGACGUUGCUCAAGCAAAACGAAAUUAGCCGACACAAUCAGACGGCCCAGGGCGGUCGCCGGAAACAGUCCUGCCCCAGCCGGACACCCGUCGAGGGCAACUCGCCGACCGCAUCGCUCGACAACAAUGGCAUUAGUGUCGGUGUCGUUGGUGGCGGUGCAACAAUUAAGCUUGCCACCGGCAAGAGCGCAACCACCGGGAACGUACUGUUCCGGGUGGCGGAACACUCGUCCUCGGCCAAAACUCCACCCCAGGGCGGUGCUGCCGCCCGGUCCGAGACGAACAGUAACGCGUCGGGCAACAGCAGUCCGCAGCUGCUACUCACCACCAAGUCGACGGCUCCAUCCCAGCAGCAAUCACCGCAGCAGCAGCAGCAGCAGCAGCAAAACUCGCAGCAAAAGGACAUGUCCUGCACGAACUGUGGCACGACCACCACCACCAUCUGGCGGCGGAACAUCCGGGGCGAGAUGGUGUGCAACGCUUGCGGGCUGUACUUCAAGCUGCACGGCGUCAACCGGCCGCACACGAUGCGCCGGGACACGAUCCACACGCGACGACGACGCCCGAAGGGUGACAAGAGUACGCGAAGGAAAUCGGUCAAGCAGGACAGUAGUGACAUCGUGGACAAUGGCGUGGACACCGCCGUCGAUCUGCAGACGCUACAGAACCAACUAAUAGCCCUGCGCGACGCUACCCGCACUACACCAACGAACUUUUCCAUGCCAACUGCCUUCCAGCAAUACCUGCGCGCGACACAAAACUUCGACCCGAACGGCAGCGGCGAGCUGCUGGUCGGCGACGGUGGCGACGAUAGCGGGCCGGAGAACGAUCUCGACUCGUGCAACCUGCCGCUCAACCUGGUGGCGACCCAGCUCGGCAGCGACUCGUCGCAGCACUGACGGAAGCUUCCGACGGGGCAGCAGCAGCGCCCGGCACCGGCAGCAGGCGACCAAAAUUCUAAACCCUUGCCUAGGCGCCCCUCAAACGGAGCCGUAAGCAAGAAGGGCACGGCACGAUCUGCAAAGGCGGCGGCAACGGUACCAUCAGCCUGUGAGAAAGCGGAAGUGAUGUAGAGGGAGAGACAGAUGGAUGGGGUCUACCCCGAACCCCUCUUUGCUACCUAAUUAACUAACUAACUCUUAUCAGCUAAAAAACUGCAAAACAAGCAAGCAGCCAGUGCGACGCGCCCCCUACUUACCUUAGUGCUGCUGUCGCGGUGGUGGUUGGCUAUCUUUACAUUUACUUAGGCUGCUGUCGGCAGAGGAGACCUGACCGCACGGCAGGAAACAAACCCCGCAAAUACUCUCUGGAGGUGCAGGAGGACAUUGGAGACGGUUUAAAUUUAAUGAAGGGCGCGAAAAAAAAACAGCAAACCAUGAGCGGAACAACUUCAAUCGGCAACUGAAAUACUCCAUUAGUGUGACGUCCGUUUUAUGAUUAAUGUAGUGCGAGGUGUGGAGCUAAAGAAAGCACAAGCAAAAGAGUGGAAAGAGAGGGAGAAAAGGAAGGGAAAAGAGAUUUAGAAAGGGAGAGCGAGAGCAAGAGAGGGAAUUGAUCGUUGGUUGAUGAUUAUUAUACUAGAGGACAGUAUUUAUUACCUUUUAAAACGAAAAAAAACAAAUCCUAGACCAGGACAAUAUUAUUGAAAUACAAUUUAAGAAGGUCACACGAGAGAGUAGCGAUAACGCUACUUACCCACGUACACUCAAACAAACACACACACAGAGAGAGAACAUGAAAGCAAGCACGCAAAUACACGCGUAAUUAAAACAAAGAGACUAACCUCGGCAACAAUGCAAAAGGCAACCCCCUUACCCUACAGUGGAUGGGGAGGUGAUGAUAGAAAGAUGAUACAGAGCAAUCAGUCUUGCAACAACAAAACUUACACAAAACACAAACACACUAACGGAAGAGAAACGUAAGCAAUAAUGAUUGAACGGCGCCUUUGCUCCGUUCGGGCGUCGUGCGAGAUGUAUAGCAUUGUAAGGUAAUUAAGCUAUAUGUUAAGGUCCGUUUUUACCUACUUUGUGACGAUUUGUACGUACGGUUAAAAGAGAAAUAAGCAACUCUCCCCAAUCCCUGGAUUAUCCUAUAUACUGCAUGGUACAUACUUACAGAUAUAUUUUUUUUGUUAGCGAUUAGUUUCAUUUUAACGUUCAUUUUAAAAAAGCGUAUUUCAGCAUUAGAGCGUUAGAGUGUGGACAGGGCGAACCGCGGAAGAGGAAGGUUUUGCAGAUGAAAGCAACGCGUGAAGCGGCCACAGGGCAUCAGAGAGAGAGAGAGUGGUGUGGGGUGUGUGGGGGGGACGGAACUCUUCCCACAAGUCCACAAGGAAUAUUGCUAUUUUGUGAUUUGGAAGUUAACUUAAAAGAAAAGAUUGUUUUAGCUCUCAUGUGUUUUUUUAACCUUCAUUAUAUACAUUUUCUCUCUUCCAAUGCGCUUCCUUUAGCUUUUUUUUUAAUUUGUUGGGGGUCGAACAGCACAACGGCUUUAACAUGUCAAUUUUUUCCGCUACUUUUAACUGAUCACAUUCAUCUUAUGCGGCUAAGAUCUGUUUUUUUUUGUUGUUUAAUGAUGGCUCGCCUAAAGGGAGUUGAAAAGUGGAAAAAACGAAAAAGAAAUACCCAAUUGUGAUACGAUAUGAAGUUGUGCGCUGAAUAGGAAGUGAGAAGUAAAAAAAUAGUACUUUAAAACACAUGCAAACACUCAUCAUAGACACACUCAAACACAAACACACAAACACGUGAGAUUAUAAGAAAAAAAAAACAAAUCAAAAUUAAAUAGGAACAAAAUGUAGAAAAGCAGCAGCAUCUUAGGGCGUAAAUUACGCAGCAAAAAGGCAUGACAGACGAAGGCCGCUCACGUAGUUUGUAGCCGGAUAUUAAAUAGGAAUGAAUCUUUGCAAAGAGAAAAGAACCCUUAAAACACUCUCAUUAGUGAAACGUCAACCAAGUACCAAGUAGCAGUUUGAACGGUUUAGAAGAAGCGGCGUGUUUUUUUUUUAAUUAUUUCUAGCGAACAAAAACAUCAAUUUAUAUUAGUUUAAUUUUUCUGCAACAAUCAACUCUGAUAAACCAUCCUGGACUUAAUUAGAUUUCUAGCUCGUGUAGCGUUUAAGGCGGCGCUCCCGUGCACACCUACCCAUUGCGCACAGCCAAACUUAAUGCUUUUAAUUAUUGCAGCUUUAACACACACACAAAUGCAAUCUCACGCAAGAGCACACGAGAAGGACUCUUGGUUGAGGAGGAGAGGAAAAUAAGGAUAUCAGUAUUGAGCAGCGUAGCAGCAUGGCGGAGACAGCAUGACGCAUGAUGCGCAAAACCAUAGGAACCAAAAGAGUUGAACUUGAAAACAAACUGGUGCUCCAGGAGAAAUAGCCAUUUAGGGAAGUGAUCCGUCCGUCGUUCCAAUUAUUAGCUUUUAACGCGGUCCAUCCGGUACAUAAUUUGCCAACAUUUGCAACAUUGCUGUCGCUUGUAAGGCAAAACACUUAAUGCAAACUUCUCACUACCAAACCAAGAGUUCUUCGUGUGCGCUCUACUCAUCCACAAAUCCGAUCCGUCAUUAAUGACACGUCAUUCUGCUGUACUUACACAUCUGUGCAAAAAUGUUGUAUUAUUUCGUGCGCAAUAGCAGCGUCAUUUCAUCUGCAUCCCUCUCUGCACAUCCUUACACCAAUGGUUACCAAUAUUUAAGUGCUGCUCCUGUCGUGUCGGAAUUUCAGUUCGCUUUAGUAUGUUUUUUUUAGUGCAGCUUUAGUCAUACAACGUAUGAGUGUGUUGCAAUGCAUGACAGCUAAUUUUAACAGUUAGUAGAGCUUUGUUUUAUCGAAAAAAACUGAACGUACGCCCGGUAAGCUUUAAUGCAGAAGGAAUGGAAAACGAAUGCCAGCAGAUAUUACCCUUUUAGCAGAGAUAUUAUCCUUUUUCCAACUGCAUAAAACGCCACUGUCCAUUACCAGCAAAACGGAACAAGCGAAACCACAUUGCACAACAAUGCUUAACGAAGGGCCAGUUACACACAAGUCGAACCAACUAUCCAAAAAGCAACAAAAGAAAAUGGUACUUGCUCGUAUGGCAAGAGAAGGUAAUGAAAAAGUGCACAGUGAUCCCCCGAAUCAAACACUCACACAAGAUUUGUACAGUAUACAAGACGCGGUUGUGUUAGGUAUGGAAACAGAGAAGAUGUUGCGCCAAAUGUGUGAGUGUAUGAGGAGUGGGAUAUACUAAAACCGGACAUAUGCUUUGUAUGCUUGACCAGUUGUUUACCAGUUUUUUUUUUGUUUUACUUUACUGAUGAUACGCUACGGAGAAGCAUUCUCUUCCUCCCAACAAUUGCCUCUAGUUGUUAAGUUGACAGGAUAUCCCGCAGUAUAUUGCAGCUAAAGCAAGAAAUAUGCGUGUCAGUAAUUGUUAAGUGCUAGCGUGUAGGUUUGACACCUCUGCCUCUCGGUGCAGGUGUCGUUUUUUACUUACGUUUUUUUUGUUGUAUGUCGGUAUGAUGUUUCCUUUUGAUUCCGUUUCAUUUACGUUUUUCAUUUUCUUCGAAACUUUGAUAUAAUGUACAGAUUUUUAUUUGUUUGGUUUGCAUUCGGUUUGCUUGCACACCAUCAAUCAUUCGUUUGAAAGUUUAAAUGUUGUCUUUUUAAAUUAUUUGCGGCGUGUUGUACUAAAAAACGAACGACUGUACUAAACGAGUCGGCAAAAGAGUGAUUCGAGCGAUUUUUUGGCUGAAAAUUGUUUUCCAGUAAAGUUUAAACCCAAUCUUGCCUAGCAAGAGGAGCGCACACCGACCAAGAGCGAUCAUGAAACAGUAACCUGAGUGGUUCUCUACCGUCUCUAUUGUAAUUAGCUUCGUUUUGUUUACUAAAAAAACAACUAAUUGGCCAAAAUAACUAACAGAAAAGUUAGUUUGAUUUUUCUUUUUAUUUUGUUUAACGCCAGCGAUCUCCAACGUUUCUCGAAAGUAGGAUAAACCCCCGUCUUAUGUUUUAAAAGCCCCGUUCCCACUCUCCCCCCCCCCUCUCUCUCUGUCUUCAUUGUAAUUCUAUUCACCAAUAGUAUAGUUCAUGUGUUAAAUUAUUCAAAUCCAUUUGAUGAACGAGCGGCGAUCAGCGAUCGAUGAGCAUUGAGGUAGUAUUUGCUGCCGUCGAACGUCCUGCUGGGUUGGGCAAAUGGCGAGGAUGGUCGCAUCCUUUCGUCUACCGGGCAAACCCCAAUUUAAGAUAUUUUCGUAACAAGGCAGUAUUGUUUUGAGCUUAGAGCAACACAUAAGCACACACACACACACGCAUACUUACAUCCAUCCUGUGUGGAUGUGGAACCAUUUCAUAGUUUACACGCUGUACAGUUAAGGGAAAGGGUCAUCUCACCCAUUACACGUCCCUCAAUUUGUGAAUAACUAUUAGGCUCGGUAAAAAAAUCUAAAAUCAAACACAUACCUACACACACACAGGGACCCUAUAAGUAAGAUUGAAUUGAGCUGUAUUGCGGCUUGCUUAAAGUUGCACCUUUGGCAAGGACGGUUUAGGAAGUGAUCGUGCUGAGCCCGGCGCUUUUCAUCAUCAUUUUACAUCAGUUCGCUAACACUUAAGAUUAGACUUUCCCCCAAUUUAAACCAUCAUCAUCAAAGUGCAACCAUCCGCUUUCAUGUUUUCAUUCGCGUCCGGUUGUGCGUGCAUGUAUUUAUUUGUUAGAAGAUAUUUUAAAAAACAAAGGUGUGUGGGAGAGUGAAGAUCAUGGCAGCUCACAUUUCCAGUACUGCGUUUGAUUAUCGCCGUUUUUUUAUGCUCGAUCUUUCUUUUUUGUUGGGAAGAAAAAGAUGGCACUAAACAACAGACUCCUCGCUAACAACUCCCACCAUCCCCACCAUCAUCGGCCUGCCAAAUUGGACAAAUUGUAGGAACGGUUUGAAUGAUGCGGGGGGGAAAACAAUGGUGCGCAGAAUUGUCAUUUUUAACUCAUUUUAGCAUGUUAAGUAGUGAAAAAAAAAGAACGAAAUGAAAGUAUUCCUUCCAUGGCUUCGCCUAACCAAAACCCUUCAUUCAUUUUGUUAAUACCUUCAUACCAAUCCACACCACCACCAGACGGACAUACAUGACGCCAGUAGCGCUUGCUGGCACCGUACGGCACUGGCAUUCGCAUGAAAGAUUUCGUUUCAUUUUAUCAUUAUAGAGUGUUAAGCUUUCGCCCAUAGUUGUAUGUAUUUUCGUUUUUAACACAUCGUCCCAAGCUUUCCCGAUCCUCGGCGCUCGGUUGGUAUACAGCGAGCACAGGAUGAGAUUGUGCAUUAAUGAGAUUAACAAGCGCGUAAAAAAUGCAUUGUAAGAAAACAGCGAGAGAGAAAGAGUGCGCAUAUACAGCACACGCAAAGAAACAAAGAAUUUAAACCAUGAUAUAUGAUGUGAGGUAGGAUGAAGCCUUAUAAGGCUUAACUUAAAAGAAGAAAAUGAAAGUGGACUCAACCCGAACCACGACAAACAAGCAUUGCUCUCAAGAAAUUGCGGAAUCAUACUCAGAGCCGGCACACUUUACUGCUGCUUAUACUUCUACUACUAUUACUAUUACUACUAUUACUACUACUACUAUGAUUAUUAUGUAUAAUGUGCUGUCCUGUGUUUCUGUGUAGGUAUUAUUUGCAGCCCUCUACAGCUCUAAUGUGGCCCGAAAUGAACAAAAAUGUGGCCCGUUUUAUGUUUUAGUAUUUAAAGUGCUACUAAGAUAGUGCCGGAGGGGAGUGAGAGAUAGAGAGAGAGUAGGAGCAAAGAAUUGACAGCAGUUGUACGAUGCAGAAGUUACGAUAAGUUUAAGAAAGUUUAUCUUUUAAUUGCUACUACCUUUCUGCGUUUACAAGCAAACACAAACAAAACUGGCCAGCAAAAAAAAAGAAGAAGAAGGGCCAACACCCCAGCAGACUUCCCGAAUCCUGAAUAAUUUUACCACCCCCCCAACACACACACAUAAACGGCACACGGCGCACAGUGGGUCCCACUAUCGCCUCGGUCUACUUACUCUCGUUAGUGUAACUAUUAUGAAUUAUUUUAUUAAUAUUAUUUUUAUCGUUUUUUUAGUAAGAAAAUCGUAUUUUUUGCAAAAAAUAUAAACAAGUUUUUAAUUGAA